AAAGAAACCAACAAACCAUUUAUUAUUAUUCACCGAUAAACAAACAAUCCGAUCAAAUGGAAGCCACCGGAAAAGCUAAAAAGGGUGCCGCAGGUCGCAAAGCAGGCGGCCCAAGGAAGAAGGCCGUCACCCGGUCUAUCAGAGCCGGUCUGCAGUUCCCGGUCGGUAGAAUUGGCCGUUAUUUGAAGAACGGUCGUUAUGCCAAACGUGUUGGAACCGGUGCUCCGGUUUAUCUCGCUGCUGUGCUCGAAUACCUUGCUGCUGAAGUGUUGGAAUUGGCGGGAAACGCAGCAAGGGACAACAAGAAGAACAGAAUAAACCCAAGACAUGUUCUGUUGGCAAUUAGGAAUGAUGAUGAGCUUGGAAAGCUUUUGGCUGGUGUGACGAUUGCUCAUGGUGGUGUUCUACCAAACAUUAACCCAGUUUUGUUACCAAAGAAGACUGCUGCGAAAGAGCCGAAAUCACCUGCUAAAGCUACCAAAUCUCCCAAGAAAGCUGCUGCUUAGACGUUAGAUCUGUUGUUGUUCUUAUGUGAUGUGAUUGUAGUUAAAUUGAGAAUGAAUCUAGCUUUAUGUUAAUUGUUAUAUUGUUUGUUAAUGUAUGGAAGAAACCUCUGGUUUUUGUUUUA